AUGGCUUUACCUAGUGCGGAUAUGUCGAGUGAAUCUGGAUUGAAAUACACGCCGUAUUGCCGGAAGCAGAAAUCACUUGGUCUACUGUGCUCCAAUUUCUUGAGCUUGUACAAUCGGGACGGUGUGGAAACAAUUGGACUUGAUGAUGCAGCCUCUCGAUUAGGGGUGGAAAGGCGGCGGAUCUAUGAUAUUGUGAAUGUUUUGGAAAGCGUUGGUAUUCUUGCUAGAAAGGCGAAAAAUCGAUAUACUUGGAAGGGUUUUCAAGCAAUUCCUAAGGCUUUGCAGGAUCUAAAAAAUGAAGGUUUAAAGGAGAAUUGCCAUGGAGCUGAUGGGAAUUGCUCUGAGAAAGUUUCAGAUGACGACGAAGAUGAAACCUACUCAGAUACAAACAAUUUAAGUCAGAAUGACAAAUCAAACCCCAAUUCGUUUUCUAAACACUCAGUGCCAAAAAAAUCUGGCGACAACAGAAAGGAGAAGUCUCUGGGGCUUCUUACACAGAAUUUUGUUAAGCUCUUCCUUUGCACUGAUAUGGAAUUGAUUUCUCUUGACGAUGCGGCAAAGCUGUUGCUUGGGGACGGAAAGCACACUUCAAUGACUACUAGAACAAAAGUUAGAAGGCUGUAUGACAUUGCCAAUGUCCUGUCAUCCAUGAAAUUUAUUGAAAAGAUUCAUCACCCGGAAACAAGGAAACCUGCUUUCAGAUGGUUGGGGCUACAAGAAAAUGGACCUUCUAACGAGUCCAAGAAAAGGGUAUUUGGGACUGACCUUACAAAUUCCUCGUUAAAGAGGUGUAAGGUGGAUGGCAAUACUGAGCUGCAGCUGCAACCGCAAAAGGAAGUUAAACAACAAAGUUCAGAUAAUGAGGUCGACACAUCAAGAUCAAGUGCAAAGAGUUUUCAGUUUGGUCCUUUUGCACCUGUAAAUGUGCCCAAGGUUGAAGCUUCAGGUAACAGCAAACCAAAACAAGUUAUUGAUUGGGAAAGUUUAGCCUCUACUUAUCGGCCUCAGUAUCAUAAUCAAGCUUUGCGGGAUCUUUUCUCACACUACGUCGAAGCAUGGAAAUCGUGGUACUCUGAAAGUCGAGCAGGAUAUCCUCGUAGGAAGCGAUCAUCUCUAAUAUUUAGGGCUGGAUCUCAAAGUUGGUAUUCUGUUUACAGGAUCGGUUCUUUGUCAUGGAUUAACAGUACAUUCGAGCAGUUUUUGCAAAAUGAAUAG